AUGUCUGCUACAGUUUUGAUUUCUGGGGCCUCAGGUUUUAUCGCUUUGCAUAUUGUGUCACAACUGCUGAAACAAAAUUAUAAGGUUAUCGGAACUGUGAGAUCCAACGAGAAAAGGGCAAAACUGCUAAGACAAUUUCAGCACAACCCUAAUUUAUUCUUGGAAAUUGUUCCUGAUAUUUCUCAGUCAAAUGCCUUCGAGAAUGUCUUUGAGAGACAUGGCCAUGAAAUUAGGUAUGUUUUACACACUUCUUCUCCCUUUUAUUAUGAUACCACCGAAUAUGAAAAUGACCUCUUAAUUCCUGCAUUAGAGGGCACAAAAAAUAUCCUGAAUUCUAUUAAGAGAUACGCAGCUGAUACUGUGAAACGCGUCGUUGUAACUUCGUCUUGUACCGCUAUAAUAACUCUUGCCAAGACUAGCGAUCCUAGUGUAGUAUUUACAGAGCAGAGUUGGAAUGAGGCCACAUGGGAGAACUGCCAAGUUGAUGGGAUAAAUGCUUAUUUUGCUUCUAAGAAAUUUGCUGAAAAGGCUGCCUGGGACUUCGCAAGAGAGAAUGCAGGCCAUAUUAGGUUCAAAUUGACAACUGUCAACCCCUCUCUUGUUUUUGGACCCCAGCUUUUUGACGAGGACGUCUGCGAACACUUAAACACCUCUUGCGAGAUAAUUAACGGCUUGAUUCACGCUCCAGCAAACGGCACCCCUUCUGAUCUUCAUUCCAUUUUUACUGAUGUAAGGGAUGUGGCUCAAGCACAUCUGUAUGCUUUCCAGAGAGAAGACACCGCUGGUAAAAGACUAGUCGUGAGUAACGGUAAAUUUGGGGACCAAGAUAUCCUGGAUAUUCUAAACAAAGAUUUUCCGCAAUUAAACGGCGUCAUUCCUUUAGGUAAGCCUGGAACAGGUGACCAGGUCACUAGCCCUGGUGCAACUACUGACAAUAGUGUAACGAGGGAACUACUUGGCUUUGAAUUCAAAAGUUUACACCAAACUGUCCACGAUACUGCUGUACAAAUUUUGAGGAAGGAAAACAGGCAAUAA